CUAUAAUUGGUUCGACUACAACGAUUCCACGCCACAGUCUCUCUCUUCUUUGUGUCCUAAAAAGGAUUAUCCACAGAACAGUAGGGACCACAGUCGUUCCUUUUGGGGUCAAGCACAAAGUGUGUCUGGACGAAUUAUCCGAACUCGCCAUUCAAUACAUAUAAAGCUACGGCUGUAAGUCCAUAUUCCACAUACUGCCCCACCCCCUACCUCACGAUGAGUUUAUCUGAGACUAACGGCGGCUCUGCUGUUCCCACAGACCCAGAGCUCCAACCCACUUCACCCACAGGGACAGAACGUCCGCUUACUCCCCAGCGAUCUCAUCUAGAAGUUCCAACCGAUCCUAAACUCCAGGCUACACCCUCUAAGGUUACCAACACGACACUCCGCAACUUCAAAGACAACGCUCAAUAUCGUAUCGUUGGCCAAGAAGAGAUGGUCUCGUCUACUUAUCAAGAAGACCUUGAGAAAUGGUUCUCCAAGUGGUUGCCGGGCAAUGGUGGCGAAGAGCUUGGAUUCGACCCGAAGGAUCUCCCUGAAGAAUUUCAGAACAAGCCAUUCAACUUUAAUACCAUUCAAUUCAACCCGAGCGAUAAAUCGAACUAUACCGAAAAGGAACUUUAUAGUCUUUUGUGUCCUGUAAUACAGAAUGUCUUCGACCUUGUUGCCUACAGGUCGGCUGCAGAUCCUAGCUACGACGCGCUACAGAUCAAGGACACUAGUGCCUGGUCAGAAGCAAGCGAUUGCGCCCAAUGCCCUGACUUGUCUGUCCAUAAGGCCUCUGCUGCUCAGGCCUUCCAUCUCGAUGACGAUAGCAAGGCCAACGUCGCUGCCGCUCGCAAGCCUUUUGUUGGACGUACUGCUUACUCGUGGACUCUGCUUCCUGGGGAAGUGAAGGUUGACAAAUCCCAAGAAGGCUUUGGACUGAAUGAAGACGAAUUGGACCUUCCGGAUACCAAGAAUGCUUGCGGAACACGCGGACAAGUCGCCGAAUACAUUAUUGAGGUUCUUUCGAGGCAGCAUCGCCGAUUUACCUUUGCGUUCUAUAUCUAUAGGAACUUCGCUCGUUUUUUGGUGGUCGACAGAGUUGCCGCCGUCAUGACCCCUCCAUUUGACUACGUCAAAGAUCCCAAGACCUUCUUAAAAUUCUUCUAUCGUCUCGCCCGAGCAGACGCCCCGGCCCAAGGAUACGACCCCACCGUUGCUCUCGCAUCGCCUGCUUCCAUAACAAUGCUCAAGGAACAUAUGGCCAGGGACCACGGAUCCAUCGAAACUCUCAUUCACGAUGCUAUGAACGACGCGAUACUAUAUGGUACAUCUUCCAUAUGGCCCUUCUACACAGUAGAAGUACACGAUAACGAAUCUGACGAAAAGUCGUAUUUCCUUAUUGGAAAACCUCAAACUCCUUGUCCUUCCAUGUUUGGCCGCGCGACGAAGGGCUUCAUCGCUUUCGAUUUGGCUCAACACAAUUUUGUCUGGCUGAAGGAUAGUUGGCGUCUGGCGUCGGAGCACUAUCACCCCGAAUGGGAGGUUUACAGAAAACUCCAUGAGAAGAAUGUCGAAAACAUCGCUACCAUGCGGUGCGGUGGUGACGUGCAUGGCCCAAAGUUACAAUGCACCCUUACACAAGAAAGUAUUACUGACUGUCGCUUGAAGAGUAGGAUCCAUUGUCGUCUCGUUCUCAACGAGGUCGGAAGGCCUCUGAAGACACAUCAGACGAGCUGCGAUCUUAUAUUCAUUGUAGCCUGUGCAUUCAAAGCACACUCACAGGCCUGGCGGAAGGCCAAAGUACUUCACCGUGAUGUUAGCGAUAAUAAUAUCAUGAUCACUGAGACGAUUGUCGACGGAGAAGUCACACUUACUGGCAUACUCAUAGACUGGGAUUUAUGCAAGUACAGGGAGCAAUUAAAGGUCCGCGUCGCCACAAACGAGAACAGAUCUGGCACUUGGCAAUUUAUCUCCGCAUUGCGAUUGCAGUAUCCUAUGAAGUUUUACGAACUGGCGGACGACGUAGAAUCUUUCGUACACGUCAUCAACUGGUGCGCUCUCCGCUACCAUCAACACAGCCUUCUGGGCAUGCCAAAAUCUCUCUCGGCGUACGUCAAUGAUAUGUUUUUCGAUUGCACGGCUUCACCCGAAGGCUUGCUAUAUGGAUGCCUGACGAAAUGGAGGGCCAUGGCAGGAGACGGGAUUGGUUUCAAGAUACGUCACGAUAAGGCGUUGAAGAAGGUCAUAAACAAACUUGUGCGCGUCUGCCACAGUCACUACCGAAGUCUCAAUUUGGAUGAACUGCAGAAGUUCCAACCAGCCAGCGUUAGGGAGGCGCAGGAACAGAAGAAGGCUCAAGCGCAGACUGUCUCCGACUCGUCGUUCCCACCGCGGCUCAAUUUCAGGGCAGCUCUUCCAGACAGUGCUUUAGAUGAAGAGUCUGACGACGACGAUGCUGACGAUGACGACGAAGGGGAAUCUGAUGACGACAAUGAAUCUGAUAGCUCAGAUUCACAGCCUGACAGCAGACGACGCGGCCGACCCAAAUUGGCUAAACACAAGUACGUUCACGAAAUCCUAGCCGACGCACUCCAACGGGACGACUGGAACCCCGAACCUAAACCGCUCGAUCGCGACCAUUUCGCCAAACUUCUCGACUUGAACUUCACUGUUGGACGGCGCACAGUCACCGGCACCAAAGAUAUGACUUCUUCGCAGAGAAAACGUCCUGGCCCGACCCAUAGUUCCAGAAAGAAGAGGAAGACUGGCGCAUCACAAAAGACUGCUCACGCAGUCAGCGGAGAACAUACGUCCUCUGCCCAGCUUGAUGCUUUACCGGAAGAGGACGAUGCGGUCGCAAGUCUGGAAGAACUUGCGCAAGUGGGCACUGAUCUUGCUGCUCAUUCAGAGGAAGACGCGGACUAAUGUCAUGAGCGAGCGUAAUGCUAUCUCACAUAUAAUUCUCCCUGAUUGUAUUCGAUACGUAACCUACAAAUACUUCGUAUACAUUUCCUUUUUUCAACGGCAAUGAUCAUGGAAGUAACUCCCAAGGCUUUUGGUCGCUGAUACCAUGGUGAGUUAACGAGUCACCCUACUCCUGGCGGCAGGAUUAUGUGGCGGAUAUACAUUGUAGCGCAAAGAGAUCCUGACACUGAGAAACUCUUAGACGUAGAAUA